GAAUGCCUGUGGCUUUCAGAGCAGCUGUGUGGAGAUAGAAGUGAGGAAGUCAACCUGACCGCCUUCAAUAUGAGCGCGUAAAAGUGACUCUGGGGCGAUUAAGGAACAGUUUAUGAUCUUAGAGAAUUAUAAUCAGUGCCACAGGAUACGAAGUAACUUUUCCCCCUAGGAUACACGCGUUUUUUGGACGCAUCCCGCGCGCGCACUAGCGCAGACGCGCCGCUGGAGAGCCGGAUGACCGCUGCGCGCUCCGAGAAAACCAGGACAAAAACACAUCUUCAUGUCAGCAUAAGUUAGGUGAAUAACUUUCACCCACUCGAGAAAGCACUUUUAACGCGUUUUAUUUCUACAAAGGGAGUCCUUAACUGGAAGUUUCCACCUCGUGUCUACCGGGACUCAUGCAGGACGCAUGGAGGAUCCAGAGUAACGGUGCUCGAAGGAUACCGUCCUGUCCCGGAUCCAGGACAUCUGACUGCUGGAUGCUGCGGUUUGCCCUUCACAUUUGAGCGAUGGCUUCUGAGGUUGUGUGUGGUCUGAUCUUCAGAGUGCUGUUGCCAGUGUGUCUGGCGGCAGCAUGUCUGUUCAGGUACAAUGUACUGUCCUUCAUCUACCUCCUCUACCUGCUCCUCAUCCCUCUCUUCCCAGAACCCUCCAGCAUAACCAUGCAAGGCCACACAGGGCACUUGCUGAUGUCUUUAUGCUUCUGCAGUAUGUCCUUCCUCUUCAUCCACAUCAUCUAUCAAAUCACAAUCCACAGUUUGCUGGCUGGAAACACUAUCGAUUCUGGGUUCAACUGUUCAAGUUGGGAGAAGUCAAUACGACAGAUUGGUUUCGAGAGUGUUAUUGGUGCAGAUGCAGGCAAUGGUAUCCGAGUUUUCCUCCCGGAUAUCGGAAUGUUCAUGGCAAGCCUGUCCGUCUGGCUGCUGUGCAGAAAGCUGGUUCACAAGCGGCCGAGUGAGGAGAUGGCCCAGGACAACCACGACUUUGAGCACGAGGAAAAGGAGGAGAUUGACGAGAAGGUGGAAAAAGAUGACAAUGACGAUGAUGAUGAUGACGAUGACGAAAUGCUGUAUGACGAGGACUUUGAUGCAGAAGAUGAGGCGGAGGAAGAGGAGGGGGACGGAGAAGGCGUGGAUGAGGAAGAGGAGGAGGAAGAGGUGCAGGAGAGCACAAAGAUGAAGAUUCUGCGCAGAGUAGCAGGAGUGGCAAAUAAACUCAAAGAGAUCAUCGGUAACCUCAUCACAACCGCUGGACAAGUGGUGGUUACCAUUCUACUGGGAUUAACAGGUAUCAUGCUCCCCUCUCUGACGUCAGCCGUCUACUUCUUUGUGUUCUUGGGUCUGUGCACGUGGUGGUCGCUCUGCAAGACCUUCGACAAGCUCCUCUUCAGCUGUCUGUGUGUUCUCAUGGCCAUCUUCAGUGCUGGUCAUCUCAUCGUACUUUAUUCCAACCAGUUCCAGUUCCUCCAGGAGGCCAUCAGGCCCAACGACAGCUAUGUUAGUGUGUUUGGUAUCUCCUCCAUCAUUCAAACCAACUGCUCCUCGACCUGGAAGCUCGCUGUCAACAGUGGUCUGAAAUGGCACCAUUUUGUCAAUCCCAUCAUGCUUUUGGUCCUGUACUACACACUGGCCACCUUGAUCCGUCUGUGGUUGCAAGAUCCCAUGAUCAUACAGGAGAGUGAGGAAGAGGAGAUAAAGGAGGGAAAUGAGACCACGGGAAACAGCAUCAGUCACAUGUUGGGCCGGAAGCGGCUGCUCUGGUGGAAAGCGCAUCAGAAAACUGAAGAAAGAAAUCUCAUUUCCACCCUGGACGGGUACAGCACCUCAGAGGUGGUAGUGGUUAACUCCAAUGGGACGUCGUUUGACUAUGUGUCGGCCGUGCCCAUUGAGAACGGACCAGUCAGUCUGGACAUAUACUCCACUCCUCAGUACAAAGUAGAUCAGCCUGUGGAAUCUGAAGAGAAGACGGAUGAGAACACAAAUGAGAUUGUGGACUUACAGCUGGAGGAGGAAGAGGAGGAGAAGACAGAUGAGGAAGAGGAAGAGCAGGGCAAACCACCAGGUGCUCUCGUAAAAGUGUUCAAGUUCAUCAUGAAGCAGAGCUACAUCUGCGCUCUUAUUGCUAUGAUGGCGUGGAGUAUAACGUAUGUUAGCUGGCCGACGUUCGUCUUUCUGCUCUGGUCCUGUUCUCUCUGGAUGGUGCGAGACAGGAGGAAGUACGCCAUGCUGACCUCGCCAUUCAUGGUGGCCUAUGGGAACCUCCUGUUGGUCCUUCAGUAUAUCUGGUGUUUUGAGCGGUUAAAACCAGUGGCUGGUUUCUUUCUGAAGAUGGAUAUACCCUUCACUGAACUGAGCUCCAAGAUUCUGUGUCAGCUGAGUUUCUGGCUACUGCUCAGACAAUCUUUGAUGGAGAAACAUGCGAAGAUGAAAAAGGAAGCAGCGCUUUGUGACGUCAAAGUAGAUGAGCAGAAAAAAGGAGGUUCAUUAGAAUCUAUAGCAAAGGAAGAAAAGGACAAAGAGGAAGAAGAAGGGGACGAGAACGAUCUGAUGCAUGUGGUGGGGAAACUAGUUAUGGCUCUGCUGGUGAAAUACUGGAUCUAUAUCUGCGGAGGAAUGUUCUUCUUCGUCAGCUUUGAGGGGAAGAUUGUCAUGUACAAGAUCGUCUACAUGAUGAUGUUUCUCUCCUGCGUGGCUCUUUACCAGGUGCAUUAUGAAUGGUGGCGCAGGAUCCUGAAGUACUUCUGGAUGUCUGUGGUAGUUUACACUAUGCUAGUGCUCAUCCUAAUCUACACCUGUCAGUUUGAGAAUGCCAUCGCUACCUGGACAGAUAUGACAGGCAUAACAGUGGAGGGACUAAAGGAUAUCGGCCUGGAGAAGUACUCCGUCGCUGACUUGUUCACCCGUAUCUUCAUCCCCACGUCCUUCCUGCUGGUGUGCAUCCUGCACCUGCAUUACUUCCACGAACCUUUCCUGCAGCUCACGGAUCUCAAAGCAGUGAUCAGCAAAGAGGAGAGCACCAUUUACAGCCUCAAGCAAAAAAUAUCUUCUCCUCAGAGCAAACUGGCUCAUCCAGAUGGGAGUCUGGCCGAUCUGACGAUGAUGAGCACGUCUCCAGAGCCACUGCUGAAGGAGGAGAAGGAGAAGGAGUCCAUGAAUGAGGUGCUGGUCGUGGACUGUGUGGAAGAGGAGAAGAAGAAAGAGUCUUUAUCCAUCCAUUCAACUCAUCUGUCCAGUCAGGAGGAUAUUCAGCAGAUCAGUGCCGCCACAGAUCCUGAACUGCCAUCAGAACAGAGUUCAGACCUUAAGAAUAAAUGGCACUUGGUGUUGGACCGGCUCACGGUCCUGUUCCUCAAGUUCCUGGAGUACUUCCAUAAGCUGAAGCUCUUCAUCUGGUGGCUGCUCGAGAUGCACAUCAUAAAGAUCGUCUCCACCUACAUCAUCCUGCUGUCCAUCAAAGAGGUUUCACUUCUGAACUAUGUGUUUUUGAUCUCAUGGGUGUUUGCGCUGCCAUAUAAGCAGUAUCGAGUUCUUGCAUCUAGCGUCUGCACCGUAUGGACGUGUGUUAUCAUCGUCUGCAAGAUGUUUUACCAGCUAAAGACCAUCAAACCCCAAAACUACUCAAGCAAUUGUACUAUGCCCGACAACUACACAGAGAACGAAAAAUACAUGAAUGACUCCCUACUGUACCGGGGACCUGUGGAUCCUGCCAAAUGGGUCGGCCUGGAUAAGUCUGAUCCUGUACUGGUUUACCUGAGGAAUAACUUGUUGAUGUUGGCCAUCUUGGCAUUCGAGGUCACCAUUUACAGACAUCAGGAGUUUUUCCGUCUGAGAAACAAACUUUCUCCUCCUCCAUCUCGAACCAUCUUUCACGAUAUCACCCGACAACACCUCGACAACGGAAUCAUCAAUUGUGCCAAAUACUUUAUAAACUAUUUCUUCUACAAGUUUGGUUUAGAGGUGUGUUUCCUGUUGGUGAUCAAUGUGAUGGGUCAGCGGAUGGAUUUCUACUCCAUGCUGCAUGGAUUCGCUCUGGCUGUGGUGAUGUACAGACGUCGGAGGAAAGCCAUCGCCGAGAUAUGGCCCAAAUACUGCUGCUUCCUGUCCUGCAUGAUCACCUUCCAGUAUUUAAUUUGCAUUGGAAUCCCACCGGCUGCUUGUAAAGAUUAUCCCUGGAGGUUUCCCAACAGCACAACGGAUUCUAAUGUCAUUAAAUGGCUUUACCUCCCUGAUUUCCACACUCAACCCAACUCCAUGUUCCUCGCCUAUGAUUUCAUGCUGCUGCUGUGUGCGUCGCUGCAGAGACAGGUGUUUGACGAAGAAAACAAAGCGGCCGUUCGUCUGAUGGCGGGAGAUAACGUGGAGAUCUGCAGAGACCUGGACGCUGCAUCGUUCAGUGUUCACAAUCCAGUACCAGACUUCAUUCACUGCAGGUCAUACCUGGACAUGCUGAAGGUGAUCAUGUUUAGCUACCUGUUCUGGUUCGUCCUGACCAUCAUCUUCAUCACGGGCACGACUCGGAUCAGCAUCUUCUGCAUGGGUUACCUAGUGGCGUGUUUUUACUUCCUGCUCUUUGGGGGCGAUCUCUUACUCAAGCCAAUAAAGAAGAUCCUCCGUUACUGGGACUUCCUUAUAGCUUACAACGUUUUCGUCAUCACAAUGAAGAACGUCUUUGCUAUUUUGGCGUGUGGUUUUAUCAAAUCUUUGGUGCCGAAGAGCUGCUGGUUAAUUCAUCUGUUCAGUCUUGCCUGCACCAUAAAAGAAUACAAAGCUACACAAGUUCCGUCUACAGCUGAAUGUGCGCUGCCGCAGGAUGAGGCCGGGAUCAUCUGGGACAGUAUCUGCUUUACGUUCCUCCUGCUGCAGAGACGUGUCUUCAUGAGCUACUACUUCCUGCAUGUGGUCGCAGACAUCCGCGCCGGACAGAUUCUCGCAUCUCGAGGAGCUGAGUUGUUCCAGGCCAGCAUCAUAAAGGCCGUGAGAGCUCGUCUCGAGGAGGAGAAGAGAUCCAUGGAGCAGCUUAAGAGACAGAUGGAUCGUAUUAAGACGCGGCAGCAGAAGUUCAAGAGAGGGAAGGAGAAGAUGCUCAGCAUGGCUCAGGUGUCCGGAGAAGAGCAGAAACUCAUCCCACCUGACGAAAACGAUGAAAACGAUGAUGAUGAGAGAAAGAAAAACAAGGUGCAAAAAAAGCAGUGGUGGAGGCCUUGGGUUGAUCAUGCGUCCAUGGUUAGAAGUGGUGAUUAUUACCUGUUUGAAACUGACAGUGAAGAGGAAGAGGAAGAUGAUGAGAAAAAAGAUGAAGAACCACCCAAGAGAUCAGCCUUUCUGUUUGUGUAUCAUACCUGGAUCACUGACUCUAAAACAGCCCUGAAGGAAAGAGGCAAAGGGAGCCGUUAUUUCUGGAAGCGAUACGGCCGCAGACACAGAAAAGACAAAAAAGAAGGUCAUGUGGCAAUAGAGAUUGGUGAAGAAGAACGUCAGAGUUCAGAGGAAGAGAAAACGGACGGACCAGACAACAUCAUCAAGAGGGUCUUCAACAUCAUCAAGUUCACCUGGGUGCUGUUUCUGACCACUGUCGAGAGCAUCACCAAGUGGCUGAACUCCAUCUGCAGAGAAUACAUCGACAUCUCCACCGUCCUGCGCAUUGAGCGCUGCAUGCUGACCAGAGAAGUCAAAAAGGGAAACGUGCCGUCCCGUGAGAGCAUCCAUGUGUACUACCAGAAGCAGAUGAAACUGACUGGAUCUCGUGAAUCUGGACUGGACCGGAUCAGCGAGGAGGAUUCGGGCUCAUACAGAGCCCGCCGCAGACGGGUCGGACACAGUCUGGAUUCCUUCGCCUCCAGAGACAGCAUGUCCAGCGCAUACACGGAAGCCACCAUGCUGUUUUCCCGCCAGUCCACCUUGGACGACUUGGACGACAUGCCUCAGAAUAUUCCCAAAACCAGUGAACGGGCUCGUCCCAAACUGCGCAAAAUGUACGGCUUGGACAUGUCCAACUCCUCGGCGGACAGCGGAAGCAGCGUCAUAUCCAGUGAAGCCACUCAGUGCGUAACACUGUUCUCUCGACAAGGCACCAACGAUACGAUAGACGAGGCUGAGGACGAGCGAGACCAGGUGAAGGACAAAAAGGAAACAGCAGAGCCGGGGCGCCGAGCCAGUGAGGACAAACCUGAGGAAGCAGAUAAUGAGGAAGUGAUGCUGGAAGAGACGGCAGUGGAAGAGGAAGUCCAAUGGGAUUUGGUAGAUCCAGAGGAAGCAGUCGAAGAUGUUCAGGUUCCUCAGCUGGAGAGUGAGGAGCACCUAAAGGAAGAGCAGUGUGUUACUGAAGAUGAGGAGGGAGAACAGCCUAUCCAACAGGACGAAGAUGAAUCAUCAGGACCGGAGAACGUGCAAACAGAUGUGAUCAGUGGGCAGCUUAUUACUCCAGACACAGACGUGCCCAACACCUCAGACGCUGACGUGCCGCCCAGCUACAGCAAAGCCGUGAGCUUCGACCGUCUCUCUGUGAGCGACGAAAGUGACAGUGAUAAACGGUUGAUGGUAAUGACACCCGACAGCAGAUCCGAUCUGGACGACCCUCUGCUGCCCUCCACGACCACCGAUCUGACCGCCAGCGAAUUGCUGCUCAACAAAAUGUUCUACGAUGAGGAGCUGGAGAACUCUGAGAGUUUCUAUAAAUCCCAGCCACUGGGCCUGCAGCUGUGUUAUGCUCUCUAUAACCUGCUGGUGGCACACUCUGAGAUGGUCUGUUACCUGGUCAUCAUCCUCAACCACAUGAUCUCGGCUUCCAUGGCAACGCUGGUGCUGCCCAUCCUCAUCUUCCUGUGGGCCAUGCUCUCUGUUCCUCGGCCCAGCAAGCGUUUCUGGAUGACGGCCAUCGUGUACACAGAGGUCACCAUCGUCAUCAAGUACUUCUUCCAGUUUAGCUUUUUCCCAUUCAAUCAGAACGUGGAACUCAGCAGGUCGAAGCCGUACCAUCCGCCCAACAUCCUCGGUAUAGAGAAGAAAGACGGAUACGUGCUCUAUGACCUGCUGCAGCUGCUGAUGCUGUUUUUCCACAGAUCCAUACUAAAGUGUCACGGUCUCUGGGAUGAGGAAGACCCUAAAAUGUCCCAAAAAGAUGCAUGUCUUCAUCAGGACGAGCCUGUGGACGAGGGGAAGAUGGCGGUCAUGAUUCCAGCUGAGGAAGAGAAGAAGAGUUCUCCAGCGUACUCGCUGAAGUCCGUGAACUUCGGCAUGUCCAUGGACUCAUCCCAGGUGCUCAUGCAAGUGCGUUAUCCUGAGCAUCGGCCUUAUCUGCGGCGGCAGAGCACCAGCGGCGGAUCUCACCCCUCCCGACGCUCAUCUGUGCGCUCCAAACGCGGCAGCACGAGCACACGGAAUAGCAUUCGUAGAGAAAACAGUGAGCCAGAAGUGCCACAGAAGAGCCGGAAAGAAAUGAUUAUGGAGAAGGUCCGAGAGCAGCUCAUCAAAGCAAAGGUUUACCUGCUCAGAAAAUUGGUCAAGAUCUAUCAGCCUAUCCGUCAGUUCUACUAUAACCUGAUCCAUCCCGAGUACAACGCCGUGACAGAUGUUUACGUCUUCAUGUUUCUAGCAGACACCGUUGAUUUUAUCAUUAUUGUCUUUGGCUUCUGGGCAUUUGGGAAACAUCAGGGAGGUGAUAUCACGUCCUCCCUGUCAGAAGACCAAGUUCCCGGGCCGUUCCUCGUCAUGGUUCUCAUUCAGUUCGGCACAAUGGUGGUGGAUCGCGCUUUGUACCUCCGCAAGACAGUGACGGGAAAAGUGAUUUUCCAGGUUGUCCUGGUGUUUGGCAUCCAUUUCUGGAUGUUUUUUAUCCUACCAGGAAUCACAGAGAGGCGCUUCAGUCAGAACACUGUCGCUCAGUUGUGGUACUUUGUGAAAUGCAUUUACUUCGGCCUGUCAGCAUAUCAGAUUCGAUGUGGAUAUCCGACUCGCAUACUGGGAAACUUCCUCACCAAGAGCUACAACUACCUCAACCUCUUCCUCUUCCAGGGGUUUCGUCUGAUCCCGUUCUUGACGGAGUUGCGAGCCGUGAUGGACUGGGUGUGGACGGACACGACGCUCAGCUUGUCUAGCUGGAUCUGUGUGGAGGACAUCUACGCACACAUCUUCAUCCUCAAAUGCUGGAGGGAGUCUGAGAAGCGAAACCCUCAGCCGCGCGGGCAGAAGAAGAAGAAGGUUGUGAAGUAUGGAAUGGGCGGCAUGAUCGUGAUGCUUCUGAUUUGCAUCGUUUGGUUCCCGCUGCUCUUCAUGUCUCUGGUCAAAUCUGUGGCAGGAGUGGUCAACAGUCCGCUGGACGUGUCCGUUACGCUCACGCUCGGAGGACUUCAGCCGAUCUUCACAAUGAGCGCCCAGCAGAACAAUAUAAUAAGUGUCAAUCACAAACAGUUUGAAGACUUCACAAAAAAAUACAGCUCUGCAAAUGCCAUGCAGUUCCUGGAGUCUUAUACUCCUGAGGAUUUGAGAAUAGCACAACUAGAAGGAAGUUCCAACUCGCUCUGGACCAUCAGCCCCCCGAGCAAAGAGAACCUCAUUAAAAUGCUUGAUGGGGAUAAUUUCCCUCUCACCAUGGCCUGGUCCAUACAGAGGAACCUCAGUUUAGGUGCCAAAGCUGAAUAUGCGAUAGGAAAACACUCCAUUGUUUUGAAAAAAGAAACCAGAGAGAAGCUAAAGAAUCUACUGAGUCAUGACAACAAAACUAAUGAAGUGCUUAUCGAAAAUAUUUUUCCAAGAUACCUCAGAGCACCAAGCGACUCUAAUGCCAAGCCUAUUGACCAGCUUGAUAGUACACAAGGGAAACUUUACAUGGACAUAAAUCUCUCUUUAAAUAAGAGCAGCAACAGCAGCUCGGGGGGCGUUCAGGAGUGGUGGAUCGUGAAUCAGACAGAACCAGGGCCGAUACCUUUAUCUAAUGAAACGAAAUCAGGUUUGGACAUAUACAUCUUCAGUGACCAAGUCAGUCCACCCAGUCUGGGCUUUCUGGCUGGUUACGGGAUCAUGGGUCUGUACAUGUCGGUGGUUCUGGUUAUCGGAAAGUUUGUGCGAGAGUUCUUCAGCGGGAUUUCACACACCAUCAUGUUCGAAGAGCUGCCCAACGUGGACCGAAUCCUCAAGCUCUGCACCGACAUCUUCCUGGUCCGAGAGACGGGCGAACUGGACCUGGAGGAAGACCUCUACGCCAAGCUCAUCUUCCUCUACCGCUCUCCAGAAACCAUGAUCAAAUGGACCAGAGAGAAGAGCGAGUGAAGAUGAGGACGGUGACCUUUGGAGUAACUCCAAACUAACCCUGAGAAGCACAAAGCAGGAAUUGAGCUUCGGUCGGAUUGAACCGGAGAACCGUUGUUCUUCACGCUAACUGAUGAAACAUUAGCACUCAUGAUGUGUGGUUUUCACCCACUCGCUAGUGUUUUAAAGGGCUUGACAAGUGAUGAACUUCAGGGCUUCCAGGCAUGCGCCACUUUGAAUACGACUUUGACCUUUGGGAGUGCAUGCGACAUGAGGGCGGACACAAAGACGGAAAAUACUGAAUCUACUUUAGACUUCGGCUCGAUUUUUAAUGACUUUCUGAAUUCUGAAAAGGACAAAAACUGUUUUGCAGGAAGCAGAACCGAAGCCCUAUAGGAGGCGCUGUGAAUUAUGGGACAAUCUCUAUUUGCCUUAUUUAAUUUGUACAAUCAACUAAACGCAUCAUUAUUCACUACCUUUCUCAGGAAUACAUACGGAUCAUUUCACGACGACGGGAUAUCAACCAUUUUUCUCAUGUACAACAAAGUAUGAAGAGGGACGUACACAGCAGUAAUAGCUUUUCUCCUUUGGGACUUUAAGGAGAUCAUCUAUAAUUUAUGAACACAGAUUUGGGACAUAAAAAGGACGUUUGGUGAUUUAUAAGGCUUGAAUUAUAAUGAUUUUUUCGUAACUAAGGGAGAUUAUCACAUUACAUUAACGAUGAAUCAGUUUCAGCAACUUUGUGUUAGUUUAUUGUUUGAUUAUUGCCUCAUUUGAAUGAAUUUUGAAUGUUUCUGUAUGCGUUUCUUUGUCAAUUGAACUGAUUUUCUGAAUGAUUUACUGUACACAGGGAUUUGUUUAGAAUGAACUUUAAAUGUUUCUGUGUACAUUUUCUCAUAAAUCAAAGUGAUUUUAUGAAUGAUUUACACAGAAAUUUGAAUGUUUUUGUGCACAUUUCUUCGUAAAUUCAAUUGAUUUUAUUAAUUAUUUACACAGAAAUUUGUUCAGGACAAAUUUUAAAUGUCUUUCUGUGUACAUUUCUUCAAAAAUUCAAUUGAUUUUAGGAAUUAUUUACACAGAAAUUUGUUCAGAACAAAUUUGGAAUGUAAUUCUGUGUACAUUUCUUAAUAAAUCCAAGUAAAUUUUAGGAAUUAUUUACACAGAAAUUUGUUCAGAACGAAUUUUGAAUGUUUUUGUGCACAUUUCUUCAUAAAUUCAAUUGAUUUUAUUAAUUAUUUACACAGAAGUUUGUUCAGAACUAAUUUUUAAUGUAAUUCUGUGUACAUUUCUUCAUAAUUCCAAGCAAAUUUUAGGAAUUAUUUACACAGAAAUUUGUUCAGAACAAAUUUUGAAUGUUUUUGUGCACAUUUCUUCGUAAAUUCAAUUGAUUUUAGAAAUUAUUUACACAGAAAUUUGUUCAGAACGAAUUUUGAAUGUAAUUCUGUGUACAUUACUUCAUAAAUCGAAGCAAAUUUUAGGAAUUAUUUACACAGAAAUUUGUUCAGAACAAAUUUUGAAUGUUUUUGUGCACAUUUCUUCGUAAAUUCAAUUGAUUUUAGAAAUUAUUUACACAGAAAUUUGUUCAGAACGAAUUUUGAAUGUAAUUCUGUGUACAUUACUUCAUAAAUCGAAGCAAAUUUUAGGAAUUAUUUACACAGAAAUUUGUUCAGAACAAAUUUUGAAUGUUUUUGUGCACAUUUCUUUGUAAAUUUCAUUGAUUUUAUGAAUUAUUUACACAGAAAUUUGUUCAGAACGAAUUUUGAAUGUAAUUCUGUGUACAUUUCUUCAUAAAUCCAAGUGAUGUUAUGAAUUAUUUAAACAGAAAUUUGUUUGGAAUGAAUUUUGAAUGUUUCUUUGUAUAUUUAUUCAUAAAUCAAUUUGCUUCUUUUGAAUGAUUCACAGAAAUUUGUUCAAAAGUGUGCAUAAAUUCAUGGAAUUUGAAUUUCAAAAUGAAUUUCUAUGCAAAUUGUUUGCUAAACCAUUGUUACUUUUUCACAAUGCAACAAUUACGUAAAAUGGUUUGCCAGUGUUUUAAACAGAUGUUUGUUCUGGUCAGUGGGUUUCAGUCAGGAAAGGUCAGCAUUUUAGGUUAGUUCUGCUUUUAGUUGAAACAUUUGAUAUGUGGUGAAAGUGAAUAAUAAAUAUUAGUUAUUAACAGCUAGACUACAUCCUUGAAGGCAUGAGAGAUUCGCAGAUCAGUACAGUAGAGAUAUUGUGCUUCGCCAGGCCUGGGAGUUGUGCUCGUCAGAAAGUUGUUUGUACAUGGGGAAUAAUCUGACUCACAUUUGUACUACGUACUUUGAGCAAUACGACGGGCGGGGUGACCAUAAAGGACAUGAAAUCCAUUUUUAUUGUACACCUUUGGCAGCCAUACUCAGGAAAGAGCUUUCUAUGGAUCAGGGUCUCAUGGAUAUACAGGUGGAGUCUCCGCUAGGCUGUAGAUUUACAGUCGGAUCAUGUAUGAUAUGACUAUCGACGUGAGCUCCACGCUGCGGAUCGUGUUGUGGUGAUGCUUGAGGAGAACUGAAUAUUGUUUUGAGUCCAUCUCUGAACUAUGCAUUAAAGACAAUGUAGCAUGAAUGAAAAAAAUGUUUGACAUGAAACGCUUUCAUUACCUUAUGUGUGCAGAACUUUUACAGCAACAUCAAAAAACGGGGGAAAUAAAACUGUACCUGAAUGAAACCGGAAAUGGGAGUUUAUUGACAUCAAAUAAAGCACACGAUUAAAGGACUUUAAAGAC